AUGAUGCCUUUUGGCGAAGCCAAAUCAAUUUCGGGCCACCAAACCCUACAACUGAUGAGAAGGCCCUAUGGAGUCAAAGGAAGCAUGUACUUUGUCACACUCCCUGCCUUCCAAAGGUGUGUAGAGGACGAGCUAGACGUAGCAGAGCAACGAUUCGGGAGUGAAUUUCCCACAGAUCAUGUAUUGCUUGAAGAUUCCAAACCUCGCCCUUCUAUAAUAGGGGAGAAUGUAGACCCACACCUAGGGAUAUACAAGCGUUAUGCUUCAGAUGGAUCGUUGUUCGAUAGUUAUUGUAGCACAGAAAAGCACAUCAAAAUCGAAGUCACCAACACCCAUUUUGAGUUGCCUCGUCCUUAG